UCAUACUUCAACUCGCUAGGUGGCAAUAGUCGUUUCUGAUCUAAAUAGCAUCUACUCAACAAACCACAGAAGAAGCCUCGUCUCUAGGAUACAGAGAAAGCGUACCCGUUGGACUGUGGCGUUAGAGCGUGGGGAUGCUGCCAUGGAGCAUCUUCACCUGGAACAUGUUCUGCAGACUGUGUGUGUGUUGGAAUCCGUUGUCCUCCGCUGUUUUGGCCCUGAAGGAGGACAGGUGUUGUUCACCCGAGACACAGGACAGGCGAUGUUGAGCCGUAGUGGGACUCACAUUCUCACUGCGCUACGUCUGGAGCAUCCACUGGCCAGGAUGGUGGUGGAGUGUGUCUUGAAACACAGCACUGUAACAGGCGAUGGAUCCAAGACUUUUAUCCUACUGCUGGCGUCAUUACUACGGAUGAUUCAUAAAACAGCCUGCAAGGAGCCUAAUGUGUCUUACGCCUAUAACUCCAGGGAUACAGCAGAGGCUUCUACUGCCAGGCACUUGGCUGACAAAAUGCUGGCAUUGGCAUUGGAGGAGUUGGAUGAUAUCAUUGCCAUGGGAGUGGUCCCGUAUGGAUGCUGUCUUUCAUGGGAGGAUUUCACCUCAAAAACAAAAUUACCAGCAGGCACAAUCAAUCACUCUGUCCAAAAGCUGCUGGAAACAUUCUUUCAUUCACGUCUGGGUCACACUCACUGUGACUUUAUUAGCAACCUCACCUGUGAAAUGCUCACUCACUGGAAGUUCAAAAGUGACCUACCGUCGUCACUACUUCAGUUUGUAAAUGACAACUUUGCUGCCUUGCAUACACCUGUAUCAGGCUUCCCUGUUAGUUGUUCACGUUUGAUUGAAGGGCAGGUCAUUCACAGGGACUUUGCUACGCCCUGCCCUCAGACUAAAAACCAGCCAGUUAAAGCUGUAGUUUUCACUGGGUGCCUGCAGCCAAAAUUGCUCAGUGCAGGAGAGGUGCUGGUGCUGGAAUGUGGAGAGCAAGGGAGGGAGGAGAAUUCAAGGAAGGAGAGUAGUGUUGUGCAGUUUACUGCCUGGUCAGAAAGAUCACUAGGGUGUGUCAUUGCAAAGCUGCAGAGUUUGGGUGUCUCUGUGCUCCUGUCUGCAGUGAAACAGUCUGCUGCUGUCCUGGCUUUAGCUGCACAGGCAGAGAUGUGCAUUGUGGAAUGUGUCAGUGUAGAUGAGCUGUCUCUCUUUGCCCAGUUAAGUGCGGCCACACCUGUCUCAGACUGCUGGAAGAUUGAACCAGAGCACGUUGCUACACUGACCUUUUGCAGACCAAUACUGCUGGGAGCCCAUAGGUAUGUCCAUGUGGCUUUCCAUGAUUCAGAGGAAAGGGUCACAGUCAAACCCUGUAGUCUGGUCAUUUGUGGCCCAGGGGAAGGGCAAACUGACCAGUAUGCAUGUGCAUUUCAAGAUGCAAUCCACAUGCUACUUUCAACUUGGGAGCCUAUUGGUAUAACUGCCACUACAGCAUCAAAGAAGACCUUGCAGCCAAACAAAAGAACAUGUUUACAUGUGGACAAUCGCAUCAUCAAGGCAUCUCCCUUCCAGCCGUGUGUGUUGGAGCCAGGCUGUGUUAUACCUGCAGGUGGGACAUUUGAAUUUCUCUUAAACCAUGCCCUCCUACAACAUGGCAGCAGUUGCUCAAUUUCUGAUAACACAAUUAUGGGUGUCCCUGCGGUUUCCCAGCUCUUGGCAAAUGCUCUACUAAGCGUGCCCCGACAUAUUUACUCCUACAGUCUGCAACGUUUCCUGCUGACUCAAACCAGGCUCCUGAGUUUUAUUCGAAAUCAUUCCUACCCUUUUGGCCACAUAAACAAACAAGGACACAACACAGUCCUCAUACAGGGUCGGGGUAAAAGUGAAAGUCCUCUAGAGGAGAGUAAAGUAAUAAAUCAUUGUUGUGGAGAAACUGACAUAUCACAAGUUUUUAUGUCGGACUCGGGCCUUGAAUCUAUCUCCUGUAAAUACCAGCUGCUUGUGGCUGUGCUGCAGUGUGUCUCAAGUCUUCUCCAUGUGGACACCGUGCUGCACACGCACACAGCCAUACACACUUCGUCACGCAGACUUGCAAACAUUUCCUGGGAGGGCACAGAGGACGAGGCUGAAGACUGAGCUUUUAUUGUGCCCCAAGGUGAAAGCCGUAAACAUUCUUUCUCAGUACUUACUCGGGUAUCAUUCAAUAGUUGGAGGAAAUCAUUUUCACUUUAAUGCAGAUUGCAUGUAUGGCCACAGUAUUUUUUCUAUUUGCCUCAACACAAUAUAUUUGUGAUGCAUAUAUUUGUAAUGAAAGCUUAUGGUUCCACUGAGAUAUUAAAUUACAUUUUAUGUCAGUGCUUUUGUGUUGUGCAGUUAAUAGGCCAAUCAAAUGCUACGGUGGUCCUAAACUGUCUUGAAUUAAGGCUAAGUUUGGCAAUAACAUUAAAAAGAAAACAUCAAACAACUUAGUGUUAUUCUCUGUAUUGGACAGAAUGUACAGUUAACAAAUCAUUUAGUCUGUAUCAACUGUUUUAAUGUGAAGUAGUGUGAGUGAGUAAAUAUUGACAUUGGCCUCUUUC